AGGAGAGGUCCGCCGGGCCGGGCUGCCUGCAAAGUGUUGCUCUGACACCUCCUUAGUAUGGAAGUUCAGUGAAGAACUCCGGACUUGGAGCCGCGACGCAGAAGGAGAUCGGGGCGAAAGCAAACCAGUAGGCAGACAGUGGCUUUUCGGUGGCGCGCUGGCAAGUUGGUGCCACACUUUCUAGGAAUUCGCUCUUUUACCUCCCUCAUCCUUUUUUGCCAUCAGAAGAAAGGACGUGGCUUUGGAUGGCACGGGAGGCUGAAAGAGGUUAGACCCACGUGCAUCACCCCUCCGGCUGGGACCGAAUUGGUGGGAAUUUAGAAAGCCGACUGUGGAAAGACACGAUUUUGGAGGGUUCUCUGUGAAACUGGAUGGAUCUAAACGUGUCCUGUUCAAGACCUUCCCACCAACCCCUUUUUGCUCUUGUGAUUUGCUCUUCUUGACUUUAAUUGGCAUCUAGGAAAGUCUACACUUCGGACCUACCUCUUGUAUAUAUUUUUUAAUACUCAUUUUUAUACUUUCACUCUCUGGGAUUGGUUUCUUAAGCAAUCUGGAUCCUUUAUAACAUGUCAAAAUGAGUCUGCUGAUGUUGGCAAAACUACUUCUCUUUGGAUUUCUAUAUGCUCGGGCCGAUGGAUCUCGUCUUCGCCAGGAAGACUUUCCUCCACGGAUUGUGGAGCACCCUUCAGAUGUCAUCGUCUCCAAAGGAGAGCCCACCACUUUGAACUGCAAGGCGGAGGGUCGGCCAACGCCCACCAUUGAGUGGUACAAGGAUGGUGAGCGGGUGGAGACCGAUAAGGAUGAUCCCCGGUCGCACAGGAUGCUUCUGCCCAGCGGCUCCUUAUUCUUCUUACGGAUUGUGCAUGGGCGCAGAAGUAAACCCGAUGAAGGAAGCUACGUUUGCGUUGCAAGGAACUAUCUUGGUGAAGCAGUGAGUCGAAACGCAUCUCUUGAAGUGGCAUUGUUACGAGAUGAUUUCCGGCAAAACCCCACAGAUGUUGUCGUGGCAGCCGGAGAGCCUGCCAUCCUGGAGUGCCAACCUCCCCGGGGACACCCUGAGCCCACCAUCUACUGGAAAAAAGACAAAGUUCGAAUUGAUGACAAGGAAGAAAGAAUAAGUAUUCGUGGUGGAAAACUGAUGAUCUCCAAUACCAGAAAAAGUGAUGCAGGGAUGUAUACGUGUGUUGGCACCAAUAUGGUGGGAGAAAGAGACAGUGAUCCAGCAGAGCUAACUGUCUUUGAACGACCAACAUUUCUCAGAAGGCCAAUUAACCAGGUGGUGUUGGAGGAAGAAGUUGUAGAAUUUCGAUGUCAAGUCCAGGGAGAUCCUCAACCAACCGUAAGGUGGAGAAAGGAUGAUGCAGACUUGCCCCGAGGCAGAUAUGACAUCAAAGAUGACCACACACUGAGAAUCAAAAAGGCCACGAGUGCCGAUGAAGGCACCUACAUGUGCGUGGCUGAGAAUCGCGUGGGCAAAGUGGAAGCCGUUGCAACUCUCACUGUCAGAGUUCGCCCUGUUGCACCCCCGCAGUUUGUGGUUAGACCGAGAGACCAGAUUGUUGCUCAAGGUCGAACCGUGACAUUCCCCUGUGAGACCCAAGGAAACCCACAGCCAGCGGUUUUUUGGCAAAAAGAAGGCAGCCAGAACUUGCUUUUCCCAAACCAACCCCAGCAGCCCAACAGUAGAUGCUCAGUGUCGCCUACUGGAGAUCUGACUAUCACCAAUAUCCAGCGUUCCGACGCAGGUUACUACAUCUGCCAGGCCCUAACUGUAGCAGGAAGCAUUCUGGCAAAGGCUCAAUUGGAGGUUACUGAUGUUUUGACAGAUAGACCUCCACCCAUCAUUCUGCAAGGUCCAGCGAACCAAACACUAGCAGUCGAUGGUACAGCAUUACUGAAAUGUAAAGCUACCGGUGAUCCUCUGCCUGUAAUCAGCUGGCUAAAGGAAGGAUUCACUUUCUUGCUUAGAGACCCAAGAGCAACCAUCCAAGAGCAAGGGACACUGCAGAUUAAGAAUUUGCGGAUUUCCGAUACUGGCACAUAUACCUGUGUGGCUACAAGUUCAAGUGGUGAGACCUCAUGGAGCGCUGUGCUGGAUGUGACAGAGUCUGGAGCAACUAUCAGCAAAAAUUAUGAUUUAAAGGACCUGCCAGGGCCUCCAUCUAAACCACAGGUCACUGAUGUUACUAAGAACAGUGUCACCUUGUCCUGGCAACCAGGUACCCCUGGGACUCUUCCAGCGAGUGCAUAUAUCAUUGAAGCCUUCAGCCAAUCAGUAAGCAACAGCUGGCAGACGGUGGCAAACCAUGUAAAGACCACCCUGUACACAGUCCGAGGACUUCGGCCCAAUACAAUCUACUUAUUCAUGGUCAGAGCCAUCAACCCCCAAGGUCUCAGUGAUCCCAGUCCCAUGUCAGACCCUGUGCGCACACAAGACAUCAGCCCCCCUGCACAAGGCGUGGACCACAGACAAGUCCAGAAAGAGCUAGGGGAUGUCAGUGUCCGUCUCCACACUCCAGUCGUGUUGACUCCCACCACCGUUCAAGUCACGUGGACCGUGGAUCGCCAGCCCCAGUUUAUUCAAGGCUACCGGAUUAUGUAUCGACAGACUUCUGGCCUGCAGGCUACAUUGGCAUGGCAGAAUUUAGAUGCCAAAGUCCCAACCGAAAGAAAUGCUGUGUUAGUCAAUCUGAAAAAGGGGGUGACUUACGAAAUUAAAGUUCGGCCCUAUUUUAAUGAGUUCCAAGGGAUGGACAGUGAAUCUAAAAUAGUCCGUACUACUGAAGAAGCCCCGAGUGCCCCGCCACAGUCUGUCACUGUGCUGACGGUCGGAAGCCACAAUAGCACAAGCAUUAGUGUUUCCUGGGACCCCCCUCCUCCAGACCAUCAGAAUGGAAUUAUCCAAGAAUACAAGAUCUGGUGCUUGGGCAAUGAAACUCGAUUCCAUAUCAACAAAACUGUGGAUGCAGCUGUUCGGUCUGUUAUCAUUGGUGGAUUAUUCCCGGGUAUUCAAUAUCGAGUAGAAGUUGCAGCUAGUACCAAUGCAGGGGUUGGAGUAAAAAGUGAUCCCCAGCCAAUCAUAAUUGGAGGGCGUAAUGAGGUUGUUAUUACUGAAAACAAUAACAGCAUAACUGAACAAAUCACUGAUGUUGUGAAGCAACCAGCCUUCAUAGCUGGUAUUGGUGGUGCCUGCUGGGUCAUUCUGAUGGGGUUCAGCAUCUGGUUGUACUGGCGAAGAAAGAAAAGAAAGGGGCUCAGUAAUUAUGCCGUUACUUUUCAAAGAGGAGAUGGAGGACUAAUGAGCAAUGGAAGCCGUCCAGGAAUUCUCAAUGCUGGUGACCCCAGUUAUCCGUGGCUUGCUGAUUCCUGGCCAGCCACAAGCUUGCCAGUGAACAAUAGCAAUAGUGGUCCAACUGAGAUUGCAAAUUUCGGGCGUGGAGAUGUGCUGCCCCCAGUUCCAGGCCCAGGGGAUAAAACAGCAACAAUGCUCUCGGAGGGAGCCAUUUAUAGCAGCAUUGACUUUACCACUAAAACCACUUACAACAGUUCCAGCCAGAUAACACAGGCGACCCCGUAUGCCACGACACAGAUCUUGCAUUCCAAUAGCAUUCAUGAACUGGCUGUCGAUCUGCCCGAUCCUCAAUGGAAAAGCUCAAUUCAGCAAAAAACAGAUCUGAUGGGAUUUGGUUAUUCUUUACCUGAUCAGAACAAAGGCAACAAUGCCUUACUUUACAUCCCUGACUACCGAUUGGCUGAGGGAUUGUCUAAUAGAAUGCCACACAACCAGUCACAGGAUUUCAGCACCACCAGCUCUCACAACAGCUCAGAAAGGAGUGGCAGCCUCUCAGGUGGGAAAGGUGGGAAAAAGAAGAAAAAUAAAAACUCUUCCAAACCACAGAAAAACAAUGGAUCGACCUGGGCCAAUGUGCCACUACCUCCUCCCCCUGUCCAACCCCUUCCAGGCUCAGAGCUGGAACACUAUGCAGUAGAACAGCAAGAAAAUGGCUACGACAGUGACAGCUGGUGCCCGCCUCUACCUGUACAAACCUACUUGCACCAGGGUAUGGAAGAUGAACUGGAAGAAGAUGAUGAUAGGGUCCCAACCCCUCCUGUCCGAGGCGUGGCUUCUUCCCCUGCUAUCUCCUUUGGACAGCAGUCCACUGCAACGCUUACUCCAUCCCCACGGGAAGAGAUGCAACCCAUGCUGCAGGCUCAUCUGGACGAGUUGACAAGAGCCUAUCAGUUCGACAUAGCAAAGCAAACAUGGCACAUUCAAAGCAAUAAUCAACCCCCGCAGCCUCCGGUCCCACCAUUAGGUUAUGUGUCCGGAGCCUUGAUUUCCGAUUUGGAAACAGAUGUUCCAGAUGAUGAUGCUGAUGAUGAGGAGGAAGCUUUAGAAAUCCCCAGGCCCCUGAGAGCCCUAGAGCAGACGCCGGGAUCCAGCAUGGACAAUCUAGACAGCUCUGUGACAGGCAAAGCUUUUACCUCCUCUCAGAGGCCUCGACCGACCAGCCCGUUUUCUGCAGACGGUAACAGCGCGGCAGCCCCGAGUCAAAGCCAGAAGCCUCGGUCCAGUAAGAAACACAAGGGAGGCCGAAUGGACCAACUGCCAGGGUUGCCUCCUCGAAGGGAAGGACUGACAGAUGAUCUUCCACCACCACCAGACCCCCCACCAGGUCAGGGUUUAAGGCAACAAAUAGGCCCAACUCCGCAUGCUGGUCACGUGGAAAACUCCACAGAGAGAAAAGGAAGCUCUCUGGAGAGACAACACGCAUCCAACUUAGAAGACACAAAGAGCUCACUGGACUGUCCAGCUAGAACCUCUCUAGAGUGGCAGCGACAAACCCAGGACUGGAUAAACUCCACCGAACGCCAAGAAGAUAUUCGGAAGGCCCCCCACAAACAAGGUGUUGGAUCAGAAGAGGCUUUGGUGCCCUACAGUAAGCCCAGUUUCCCAUCUCCCGGUGGUCACAGCUCAUCAGGAACAGCUUCCUCUAAAGGAUCCACAGGACCCAGGAAAGCCGAGGUAUUGAGGGGAGGCCACCAGCGCAAUGCCAGCGACCUUCUUGACAUAGGAUAUAUGGGCCCAAAUAGUCAAGGACAGUUUACAGGUGAAUUAUAGUAAUUGAGAGGAGACGUGCAAUGCUGCUCCGAAGGACCAUCAGGUCUGCACUCCUGGAAGUGAUGCCACGAAACAGUGCAAUGAACAAUUUCCUUAUUUAUGUACUAUUGAAGAACUGUAAAUGCAAUGUAAAGACACACAGCCACACAUAUCCCACAGAUACUUUUACUUGUGUUCUUCUCUUAAGUACACCACCCACCUUAACUCUUUCUUGUCAGGAGCAUAUAAAAAAGAAAGAAAGAAAAAAAUCUCCCUCCAUGAAGAAAAAAAAAAAAGGAUUUUUCUCUGUAUAUAAUUUCUUUUGUGCAUUGCUAUGCAAGCUCACUCUUUUUAGCUCUGUUCAUAUUAUUGUCUGUUCUUACUGGUCUGUUGUACUAUAUGUGAAUUAAUAGGCUGUGGUGCCAUAUAUUAACUUUUAAUUGUGUCACUUUUAAGUUUAAAUUUUGCACUGCAAUUUUAUUUGGUGAUAAGCACAAAUCUCUACUCCUCGUGACAUGAAGAAAAAGCCUGAAUGUGGAAGGGAGAGUCUGUACUGUUAGCUGGGCUGGGUGAUGCUGGAUGGAACCAGUCUUGUUCGGUGGCUUUCAGUUGGGCUGUAGAAAUAGGAAGAGGCAAGGGGACAAUGGCAUUGGCCAAAGUCCAUGUUGAACAUCACAGGCGAGUGAAGAAGAAAGCCGAAAGAUAGCUUUUACGAUCGAGAAAGUAGGGGUCAAAAGAAGGAAGUUUAAAUCUCCAGAAUGAAUUUACAUUAAACUACACAGUUAGUUCAGAUGUACUAAACCUGAUUUAAAAAAGGAAAAACAAAGGAAAGGAAAGAACACCUUUAACUGUCAUUAUAAUUGACCCACUUGAGAAUUAAAAUAAGCAAAAGGAAUUAAGGUGUUUCACAAAAGCUGCAUUUAUAUUACAAUUGUUUUUCGGUUUUUUUUGGUUCUAAGGAAUUUUGUGAAUGAUUGUAAUGACUCGCUACAACUCAUGAAGUCUGAAUUCAGUAUGAAGUUCUCCAAGGAGACACACAAAAUGAACUCUAGCAGAUCUAAGAAAUGGUUGACGAGGCAGUUUGUCAUUAGGACAUAGUCAGGCUGCUUCCCAAUGCAAACCCGAUUGCAAAACCACGUUUCAUCUUGCUAAUACAUGUACAGUACACACUAGAGGAUAGAGCUGCAUCCCUUAACAAUCUCGACUUUUUAAAGAUAAUGCAGUCUAUGUACAAUUUUGUGUUUUAUUCAAUUCAGAAGUUGAUGCCACCAAAUGUAUAACCAAAUUGUAAACGCUUGAAAAGCAAUGCUCAAAGUAUGUUCAGUUCACACUAAGUAGACUUACUGGAAUACAUAUUUUAUGGUACAUUCUCUGAAUCGGGCUACCAACUAAAAUCCCUUUGACCCAUUUUGAAUGAGUAAAUUGAAAAGAAAAACUAAAAAGGAAAAAAAAUGCAUGUUUAUACACUUUUUAAAUAAAACCAAACCUUGUAAGUGGACAUUAAAAUCAGUGUCCUGCCUCAUUUGUUUUCCACAUCUUUGAGAGCCAGCAUGUCCUGAGCAUUGAUCAUGUAUGGUCAGAAGAAAUAUGAUUUUUAAACGUAUGUCGGCUACAGUACAUGUAUAAUGAAUCAGUCAAGUAGAAGAAAGCAUUCCUGAAUCCUUACUUGUGACGUUUUCAUGUGCUGCCUACCCUAUUUACAAUCUGGCCCUUGUCUAGCUUCCCUGCCCUACGUGGGGUAGAGCAGUUGGUACUUUGAAAAGUAGCCCGUGUCAUGAUUCACAUCAGCUCUAACAUACACGACCCAUGACAGUUCCCACUGGCAAAGGUAUGCCAUAGCUGUAUGUGCUGACAAAGAAGCAGGCAACGUGCUUGACGGGCCCCCACCACUUUUUGCCACGGAGUUCAUUUCUCCAAGAAAGAGAGAAAGAUUUCGGAGACACAUUUCGUCAACGCGUGAUCAACUUUCUACCAUGGGCGUCUGCGUGUCACUGCAGACUGACUGCUCUAGGACAAGGACAUUCAGGAAGGGGAUGCAUCUCAGCACACACACGUCCUCAGAGCAGUAGGUGCUGAGCGAUUUGCGUAGGCAUUUCUCUAUUUCACUGAUUUCUAUUAAAAACCAACCUGAUCGCUCAGCAGUACCGUCCAUGUGUGUUUCCCUUUAUGCCCCUCUACAACCCAGAUAAGUCUAAAACAUACGUGCCAGUUCAUCAGACACAUUAUACGUAGCCUUUGGCCCCUUGUAAGGUGUACGUGUAGAUAUCUGGAUGCAGGUAACUUGUGAGAUCAUGUGGGGCAAAAUAUAACUUCCUGAUUGUCUUUAGUACAUAGAAAUGAACUCUUACAGUUAUCAUAUGUCAAUACAGACUGUAAGGUUAUUUGAAAAUGGUCUUUUGGACCUGGUUCAUGCUCCCUGUUAAAUCUAUUUCUACAUAAAUUGUUUGGUCAAAUCUUGAACCUCAAAUAUCUGUAUAUAAACAUUUGGUAUGAGAAAGUACAAUGGCUAUCCAAGUGAAUUCAACAAACAUGAUAAAAAAUAAAAAAUAAGUCCUAGACUUCACGGGGUGUGCAGAAAUCUGCUAAUCAGUAUAAAUCAACAUGAACUGAAUACCACCAUGUUUAAAUUUUGUAGCAGAUUAAAUAUAUGCAGUUAGAAAGUCACUGUAGCUCACCCUUCUUCAGGUCUAUCUAGGCCUGCAUGAGCCUCCGCAAAGAAUUCUGGGUGGGAUAGAAUACCAUCUUAUCUUGCACGGACUGCCCAUGCCGCUGUGCUGUCACUCCGAGCACCUGUGCGGCCCUGUUUGUAAAGUGGAAAGGCUCUGUUCAGGAAAUAAGAGUCGCAGUGCUCCAGCUCAGGUAUGCCACAGUGUAUGCAGGUUGAAUCACCCUACCUCGUCUCCACAUCGUCUCCACAUCAUUUGAGAGCAAGGUGGGAUCAUAUGGGAGAAUCUAGGAAAAAGAAGGCCGACAGUGAAGUCUCACAUAACCAAAAAGAAGUAAAAAACUUUUUUUCAAUUUUAUUGGAUUUGGGUGACAAAAUAGAUUUGAUUUGAUCGUGUUUUGUGUCCAAGUUUGAUUUAAAGUAUUUAAAGUAUUGAGUAUUUGAAGACGACUCUCAGUUGAAAGUCUGUAUAUGCUUUGGUGGAACACUGAAUUUCUAUUAAAUAAAAUAUGGUGAUUAUCCAUUGGCAACACAAUUCUAACAAUUAUAAUGAACUCAACUGUGGUUUAUUUCCCCCCCUGGAAGCUGAUUGUGUGUCAGUAUUAAAUAUAUGCAGAACCAAGACUUUCACUUAUUUGCUCAUCUGCUUCUGUAUAUUGUACUCAUAGAAUUACAUGACAGGGAACUCGUGUAAAACAACAUAUUUCUCUGCAUUAUCUUAGAGGUGAAAUUACUUCCAUGUUCUUUCUCUAUAAUGUGUACUUCAAAUGAAAUCAUUCUCCACCCCUCAAAAAAUGAAGUUCACUUUAAUGAUAUUUUUAAUCUCAUAUUUUUCAAAAUCAUUUAUUGUGACUUUGAAGUGUUUCAAGAUAAGGGAUUUUGUGGCCGUGGUAGAAUUUUUUAUACUUUGUUUUAUAGGUAGAUAUUUUUGUUGUUUUCUUUUGGGGGGGAGUUUGUUAUAUAACUAAACAAUAUCCAAAAUUUAAUGUGAUUCAUUUGAUGUUGGAUCAGCAAAGAAACUGGCAUAAAAUUGGUUAAUAGUAAUGUCAAAGAUUGUGUAUUGUGUACUCACUGGGAAAAAUAAAAUAUAUACACAUUUCAAAUUUGUAAAAAAAACCGUUUAUGUAACACAUAGUUGCUCAUAAACAAGAUAAUAAUAGGUCAUUCUGUCACUUGUAGAACUCUACAACCAUAUUUUCUGAGUACAUGCAUAAGCUCAUUAUCUCAUUCAGUCAUGGAUUGCACAGUAAUAAAGAGAAAUUGUGAUUAAAAA